GUGGGGACUUAGUCGGUUUAAUGUUAGUCAGUGUCAUCACGGCCAGUGACAGGUCAAUAGUUGAGUGGAGUCAUUUCUCAGCAUAGCUGGAAACGGACAUCAUCCACGCCUCGAAUGCGUCGGCGAACGUUAUUUUAUCGAAACUGCAAAACGUGUGUUUAAAACGAAAAAGUGGGAAACGAAUCGUGAUUGAAAAAUGGCUGACGAAACCACCACUACGUCCAGUCUCGCUGCAAGAUUAAAGAAGCAUUUUAAGGAACCAUCCUUGUUUUGCAAAAUUACUGAACUGAUUCUUUGUGUGAUUGCAAUGGGAUUAGUGGCAGGACCAUUUCAAGACAACCAGACGCGACCCUACGAUAUACACUAUGUGGCAAUAUUUCACGUGGCAGUGUGCGGUUACGUUUUCAUUAACGUGGUUCUCAUCAUGGGCCAUUUAAUGGGCGAACGGUUGCCGAAGAAGACGGCUCUCAUUUUUACAACGAUGGGCAUGAUUAUGUGCGGAACCGCCGGCAUCGUCCUGCUCUGCGAGUGGGACAAUUUUUCGGCUAAUCUGAUUCGUGCCUAUCUGCAAGAAUACAAGAAUCGAAUAAUGGCAGCCGGCUUUUUCGCGAUCCUGGCAGCCGUGGUGUUCGCCAUUGACACGUAUUUUACCAACAAGUACAACUGAUCAACGGGUGGCCUUCAUGAUAUCGCGCAGAUAUCGUGCAAGUGAGACUUGACUGCUUCGUUUUCUUUUUCUACGCUAUAUUUUGACAAGGAGGUAUUAUUUAGUUCCGUAAUUAUCUUAAGCGUCCUGUUGCAACAAUUUUCAUGAUAAGGCUUCUUCGGGCGCAUCCGCUGACGCAGUUUUUGCGAUAUCGUAAAUUUCGACGAAUUUUGUGUCGCAAAAUGCGUAAUUAAUUAGAUAAGAACGCGCAAUAGCGAUUUAUUUGUUUCGAAACGCUGUAACCGAAUUUUACAAUUAGAGAUACGGGUUGAUGUUGAUUUUGUACGUAUCUCGUGUAGACUUUAACGAAACAAAAUUGCACCUCUUGCGGAAGCUAUUGAACGGAUCUUCAAUACUUCACUUGAGCCGAUAUUAUUUCAUUCGGAGAACAUUAUCUUCAUAGAUUAAACGGAGAUGUAGAAUGCGGACUAUGAAUAUGAUAAUCGUUCAUCAUCAAGCACUCGCAGUAGAGCAAGGCCAGAUAUGAUCAGACGGAGGAAUGUAAAUACAUCCGUAUUCUCAAUAACCGACUCGAGAUAAGAUACAUAAUAAAAUAACUCUGGCUUUUUCAUAUGGAAAAAGAAGCUUGAGUGUAAAGCCGUCUGAAAUGAACUUUCUUCUAGCUUUUGACAAGCAUAUUAUGUCACAUGCACGACAUAUGUACACGCAUACGCGUGUACAAACGUAUGUAUGACCGACGUAAUUAGGUGAGCGCCUUAGCUGCACUCGCGCUGUUAAGCUUGCGCCAGUAAUUACGCGCGAGAAACACGAAAUGUGGCCAACAGCGAGCGACGAGCGCCGAUUAAAACGUAAUUAAAAUGGCACACGACGCUGGCGCUUGCAGGCCGAGUGUGCUUUAUAUCGGGACGAGCGUGCCAGUUUGUCGGUGAGAGCAAAUAGCUAAAACAGCGAAUGAAAAGCCAAGAUAAUUACUCGAUUUUGGGAAUGAUUUUGGGGCAAUUUUUGGGUGAAAUACCGCAACGAUGGUUAAAACGCAAUUUGAACCUAUUCAUGCACAAAAGCGUUUGAUUUUCGAAAGAAUUUCACUUGAAUAGUACGCUAUAUUUCGAUUAAACACGUCCAUUCCGGCAUGUGUAUCGAUGGAAAAAGCAUUUCAAGCAUCGCUUGCGCAAAAAAAAAUAUUGAUUGAUUCUCGUGGACCAUGAAUAAAUAUAGUAAGACGGAAAAUUUAUACACAAGCAGCUGAAGCGUCGCGAUGCGUUUGUUAUCGCCGUAAGUAAUGUUGUGCGUGCCAAUAUUUGUGAUUUUGUUAUACCGUAUCCAUAGCGGAAUCACACUGUUGCGCUGCUAAUGCAAAUAUAGAUGUAUUUUCCGCGUGGAUGUAGCUGUUCAAAUAAUUUCUCUUAUUUUAUUAGCCGACUGCUUUCUUGAAUAAAAUUCAUAAGUUUUC